AUGACGGUCACACCUGCACCCCCGCCUGCCACAGACAAACUGCCCGCCGACUUCCUCUGGGGUUUCGCCACUGCGAGCUUCCAGAUUGAAGGUUCGACCGACGUCGACGGCCGAGGCAAGUCCAUCUGGGACGACUUCUCCAAGCUCCCCGGAAAGACCCUCGACGGCCGCGACGGCGACGUCGCCACGGACUCGUACAACCGCUGGAAAGAGGACCUCGACAUCCUCUCCCAGUACGGCGUCAAGUCUUACCGUUUCUCCAUCUCCUGGUCGCGCGUCAUCCCCCACGGAGGUCGCAGCGACCCGGUCAACGAGGCGGGGAUUCAGUGGUACUCGGAUCUGAUCGACGCGCUCCUCGAACGCGGAAUCGUUCCCUUCGUGACACUCUACCAUUGGGACCUGCCCCAGACUCUCUAUGACCGCUAUGGAGGCUGGCUCGACAGGGAGAUCGUCCAAGACUACGUGCGCUACGCCAAGCUUUGCUUCGAGCGGUUCGGCGACCGCGUCAAGUUCUGGCUGACGCACAACGAGCCGUGGUGCAUCUCCAUCCUCGGCCACGGCCGCGGCGUGUUCGCCCCCGGGCGGUCAAGUGACCGCGUGCGCUCCCCCGAGGGCGAUUCCUCGACUGAACCAUGGAUCGUCGGGCACCACCUAAUACUCGCCCACGCAUACGCGUGCAAGCUCUACAGGGACGAGUUCAAGGCCGCGCAGGGCGGCCAGAUCGGGAUCACCCUCAACGGCGACAUGGCGCUGCCGUACGACGACAGCCCGGAAAACAUCGCCGCGGCGCAACACGCGCUCGAUGUCGCUAUCGGCUGGUUCGCGGACCCGAUCUACCUCGGGGACUACCCGCAGUACAUGAGGGAGAUGCUCGGGGACCGCCUCCCGCGGUUCACCGCGGAGGAGAUUGCGGUCGUGCACGGCUCGUCCGAGUUCUACGGCAUGAACACGUACACGACCAACCUCUGCAAGGCGGGCGGGGAGGACGAGUUCCAGGGGAACGUCGAGUACACGUUCACCCGGCCGGACGGGACCCAGCUCGGGACGCAAGCGCACUGCGCGUGGCUGCAGGACUACCCCGAAGGAUUCCGGCAGCUGCUCAACUACCUCUACAAGCGGUACAAGAAGCCGAUCUACAUCACCGAGAACGGGUUCGCGGUCAAGGACGAGGACGCGAUGCCGCUCGAGCGCGCGCUCGCGGACACGGACCGCGUGCGCUACUUCGCGGGCAACACCGCCGCGAUCCUCGCCGCCGUGAACGAGGACGGGGUCGACGUCCGCUCGUACUUCGCCUGGAGCCUGCUCGACAACUUUGAGUGGUGCGUGGCGGACGGCUACGUGACCCGCUUCGGGCUCACGUACGUCGACUACGACACGCAGAAGCGCUACCCGAAGGAGUCCGGCAAGUUCGUCAGCAAGUGGUUCACGGAGCACGUACCCGCCGCCGCACCGCCCGCCGCCGCCGCGCCCGCGAAGCUCGCGCUCCCCAAGGUCGCGGACACGCAGAGCCAGUCGAGCACGAGCUCGCCGACGGUCGAGACGGACGAGCCCAAAAAGAAGUCGAAGAAGGCGCCCUUCGCGCGCUUCACGGCGUACGUCUCUGCCUUGCUCAACCUGUGA